AUGAACUCCAUCUGUGGUCGCCCGCAGGCCCCGACCGCCUUUUUACCGGCGCUGCGCUCCCUGGAUGACCUGACAGAGGAGGUCGUCUCGUCGGCGCUCCGCAGCCUCUAUGCGCUGUACUGCCCGCUUUCGUCGGCGCUGAGGUUUGGCGCGGUACACGAGAAGUCCAAGACUCCGCGCAGCGAGGCGCCUACGCCGCUGGUUGAUUCUGGCUACGUGUCCGGCGAUGAGGAGGACGAGGAUGGGGAGGAGACGCUAGCCGCUCUGCGCGCAGACGCGUUCGAGCGCAGCCAUGCCACGCGCUGGCUGACCGGCUUCAUCGCGCGGGCCGAAGGGCUCGCGCUCUGGAGCUCCGAGGACGCCUGCGAAAGCGCCAUCGAGCAGGCAUCGUAUGUGCUGGCCUCUUUUAGUACCGCCGUGGAAGAGGAACUGGACGAGGAGGACGCCGGCAUUAUUCGUCAGUUCUCGUUCAAGUUGGGCCCUCCAUCUGGCGACGAACCGCCUGCCGUGGUCGAGGUGCACCUGCUGGACAAGCCCAUUAGCACAGGCGCAGACCACACAGAUGUCGGGUUGCAGAGCUGGGGUGCGUCGAUCGUCUUCUCGGAUCUCCUCUGCGGCUCGCCCGAGCGGUUCGGGCUGAGGUCCCUUGGCAGCGCGCCACAUAUCCUUGAGUUGGGCGCCGGGACGGGACUUGUCGGCCUGACACUCGCCAAAUUACUUCCCAGCUUAGGCUUCCCGGGAGCCAGAGUCGUUGCCACCGACUACCAUCCCGCCGUGCUCGACAAUUUGCGCGGCAAUAUUGCAUCCAACUUCGCAGCGGAGACUUCAACGCCGAUGGAAGCCUGCCUAUUGGACUGGUCCGCUCCCUCCUUCGAGGCACCACUGGACAAGAAGGCCGACCUGAUCGUCGCCACAGAUGUCAUCUACGCCCCGGAGCACGCAACCUGGCUGCGCGACUGUGUAGCCAAGUAUCUGGGCCCCAACGGUGUCUUCUGGCUGAUGGCGACAGUCCGGCAGAACGGCAAGUUCGAAGGCAUCAGCGAUACUGUCGAAGCCGCCUUUGCCAACGUUGACGAACUGCCCCGGGACGACGGAGGGCGGGUGCUGAAGAUCAUCGGGAACGAGAGCCUGGAGAAACGACGCGGGAUUGGACGAGGGGAUGAGAGCGGGUAUAGACUAUUUAGAGUUGGCUGGGUCGCCUUAUAG